AUGAGUGCCUCAAAAGCAUCACCACAGUCGCAGAUUUAUCCGGGCAAGGGCCUCGGUUUUAUAACGCUCGGCGCUUCCCUUCAUAAUGUCCUAAGCCGUGUGAAAGCCCAUCCUCAGACGUACCCCGCGAUCGACAUAGCAUACUCCGCGUCAGAUCCCAUACAGCAUCCAGUCACCCUCCAACUCCCCUCAAAUGGUCUGCGCUUAAGAUUUGACGGCCCCGAUCAAAGGUUGCGUUUGAUAGAGGUGCUGGAUUUCUCGAAGACUGCCCUGGUUUACAAGAAUCAAGAAGUGCUAAAGGGAGUCACCAAAACCCAAGAGCAUUCAGCUUCUCCGCAGGGACCUAGUUUCCGCCAUGUUUACAAUCGCCUCUUCGGUCCUUCGUAUCCCGGGGAAUAUGUACGGCCAACUCCACCAUCUCCGUACGGCACGUAUGUGCUUUCGUACCCAGGGGUUGCCUUCUCAUUCCCUCUACAAGACUCAGCUUGGUCAGAACAAUGUGACUUCGUAGCGCUGCUCUCAUCUUCAGCUGCUUUGCCGGCGACCUCGAUGUCGAUUUUCCAGGGCUCGUCAUGGCCAGAUGCCAGAGCCAAGUUGUUCACGCAGCAGCCACAAUACCCACGAUCUCCCGCCGUCGCCGGGAAGAACAAAGAAUUUGUUCCAGAUGAGAUUGAAGAAUUCACAAUCCUAGGAGCGGGUAAAAUCGAGGUAACUCGGAGGUCUACAUCCCCGACGUACAUCAGUUUAUCGCAAACUACACCACAGGAUUUGAUCGCAGAGUUUGGGCCUCCGGACGCAAUCUAUCGUAAGAAUGAUCGCAGAAUCUCGAUCCAUCGUGCCGCAGGCGGCCAUGGUGGGGAUGAUAUUAUGCACAUGAGCCCGUCUUCAGCUAGAGGCAUCGAAGUUAAUGAUACAGAUCAAUCGUCAAUUAACAGUGUGAGCGAUGAUUCAGAUGAUGGCCUUGAGCAAACUAAUGCCUUGGACCCCUCUUCUCUACCAUCGGAAUGUUUCUUCAACUACUUCCAUCAUGGAUUUGAUGCGUUUGUAUCUCACCCGACCACAUCUGGUCCUGCAUUUCCAAGUUCUGGCCUUGAUGAUCCGACUCCCCCAUCCCCUUCGUCUCGGCUCGUUGUGACUAAGAUUGUUAUACACGGGAAUGUUCCUGGGUCUUAUCCCUUCAAUCGGUACCGUCGAAGCCGGUGGAAGAUCGAAUCGAAACCCUCAACAUCACUUGGCUCUUCGGAGACACGCUAUGAUGAGAUUUCGAGACGCCUGAGAGAGGCGUGGAAGGAUUCAUAUGCAAAUGCGUCGGAGGAGCGAGCUCUGGAACGGCCAAUGGUGUUAAAUAGAGGAUGGGGAGACAGUCCAGAAAGCAGCGUCGAGUUCCUUGGGGGGUGGGAAGAGAGUACAGGGAAGGGCCAGAGGACAGGGCAGGGUGGACACGAUGGAGGUUUGGGGAAUACAGAGCUCUUUGGAUUUCCCGGUCUCCUAUUCGAGGUCAUGAAGAAUGGGGCAGUAAGCUGUUUAACGAUAUAUUGA